ACUGUCUAACUUAGUGUAUUUAUUAUUAAAAGUUCAAGAAGUUGUCUAACAACUGUUGAAUAUCGCAAAAGUUAAAAAAAUAUAUUUUUAUAAUUUUUACGUAACAAUGAAAAUUUUAGCAGUUGCUAUAAUAACCUUGUCUUUGAUAUGCAAUUCAAAAAUUCCAAGAGUUAAUUGUGUCAAAAGAGAGACUUCUGAACCAGAACCAGAACCAGAAACUACUGAAUCGGAUGCACCUGACGUAUAUUCUUAUAAAGUAGACAUAAUAAAACAUCUUCUACUGGUCCCUCCUAAUGAUAUUUUUCACAUCGAAGACCGAAACGACGAUGAACCCGCUGAAUACCAUCAAACAAUGACUGCAAAUAGCUCACUUAAUAUAUAUCGAGCCGACAUAAAAAUAAACGAAAAUUGGGCUUAUGAAACGAAGGGUGAUGGAAAAAUGACAACUUUAUGCGAAGAUUCAUAUCCCGAGAAAUCUGUUGAAGCUAAUAUUUGGAAAAUUAUGAAUUUAGCUCUCAUGGAUGGCCAAAGCUGUCCAAUACCAAAAGGAUAUAAAUUUGUUGUUCCCCGUCGUUUACCGUCGACGUUUCUUACGUUCGAUAAACCAAUACCAUGUGGUGAUUACGUAUUGCAUAUGGAUUUCGACACGUCUGAAGGAGAGUGGAUAAUCGGGGUCUACUUCGAUUGGACAAUUGAAAAAGGUUCAACUGAAUGUACAGACGAAGUCAAUCCACUUUAGCAAUAAUUAAUUACUGUAAUGUUUGUGAUUUAUAAUGAUGUACAUUAGUGUUAUUAAAAUUUAAAUCCAUGAAAUAAAUGAGAGUAUUCAAAUUUUUGUGAAAUCAUUG